UUGCACGCAACAGCAACAUCCACGGCAGCAACAUCUACAGCAGCAACAUCCACAGCAGCAACAUCAACGGGCAGAGAAAGGGGAGAGGUUGCAGCCAAAGUAACCGACCAGAAGACGCAGCUUCAUUCUACAAAACAAUUGUGGAAAAGUGGAAAAUUCGUGUGUGUGUGUGUGUGCCUGAGUGUGCGAAAACGAACAAUAGAAAACCAGAUAGAAAAUCAGCAGAGAAAACAAUCAGCCAAAGCAACGGCCAGAGCAGCAACUAUAAUUUUAGUACUUUUGUUUACUUUUUUUAUUCGGUAUAUGCUUCGGUUACGAUGUCGUUGAUGAAAAUCCAUCGAGGCAAUGAAUCAUUUUGCUGUUGCUGGUUGCUGUUGUUGGUGGCAUUGUUGUUGGCUGAGGCGGCAGUAGUGGCAGCAGCGGCAACAUUGAGUGAAACGCAGACGAAUGCAACUAAUGGUGCAAUUAGAGAGCCGCCUGUGCAACAUCAGCAGAAACUCCAGUUGAAUGCGACCGCCGGCGACGGCGAAAGCCGAAAUUCAGCGGAAAUUUUCAGCCCCAGCGAUGUGGAUGCGGUUGGUGAUAAACCCACUACUUACAGGCCCUCGGGUGCCAACCGACCCUCGAUUGCACCACUCAAUUCGGCUCAGGAUCGUGAGAGGAAGCUGAUGAAUGUGCUGGCUGCCCGGAGAACAGCUCUCCAUCGAGGUGGCUUCCGCACCAGGAUUGGCACCACCGGAAGGAGUGCCAUUUCCCCAUCCGCAGCGGUGGAGAGUACUUCCAAGGCACCCAGUGAUCCGCGAUCGGUGUGCAUCCGGAAUUGCACCAAGAACUUCACACGGCGCACCACCGCCAGUUGCAUGCGACAAUGUGCCAACUUUACGCGGAUGGCCAUGGCUUCGAAUGGGAAUAGUUCGGUGGUUCUGAAGGGCUCUGCUUCUAUAAAGACCGCAUCUUCUGCAGGAGAUCGGGACACCAACGAGAUCCUCUUUAGCGAUGAGUCCUCUCACGGACUUUUUGUGGUGGCCAAAGAGCAGAAUGCCACCGUGAACCACAUUGGAGAUGGCACCAAGCCACCAGUGAUGGGCAAGGGAAUUCCCAGUAAAACUAAUUCUAUGGAGGAGGAUGCAGAGGAGGAGGAAGAUGAGCUAAAGCCAUAUGUCUUUUUUGGAGCCAAGUUGCCACCCAUUCGACCUGGUGGUUUGACCAUUAAACCAGCCGAUGGGGAUGAUGAACAUCCGCGGGUUCUAGAGGUUUCAGUGGCCCAAAGCACCACCACCACAACUCUGACUACAACUAGCACCACUCCUGCGCCAGUUAGCACCACCAGACCCACUGCCUCCACGCGAAGACCUUUGACCCCUGUGGAGAGAAGUCGCAGCAAGUACAAGUACCACAUGAGGGAAAGGGGAUUUGCAGCUGCAGCUGCACCACCAGCAGCAGCAGCACCACCACCUGCCCCACCAGCGAGUCGUACGAGGUAUGUGGGCUCGGGAAGACCCACUGCUGGACUGGCAGAUCCACUCCAGGAACUAAAACAAACCGAUUCGGAAGUGGCCAAGCCGGUGGUGCGCAGGCUGGUGCAAAAAGUAUCACCUUCAUCCUCAACACCACUGAUCAUCACGGUACUAAGUGCAGAGGAGGAAACCACAGUGGGCCAGGUGGAAAUUCUUCCAACCGAAGAAACCACCACAACCACAACAACAACAACGGAGAAACCCUCCACAACAACAAGUACAAGUACUAGUACAAGCACAACUACACCAGUACCAAGCACCACAAAAAGAACAACCACGAAACCUCCAUCCACAACAAGCACUACAACCACAACCACUACAACUACUAGUACCACUCCCAGCACCACUCCCAGCACCACCACCAGCACCACCACAACGAGCAGUACUACACCCACUGUCAUUCCCACCACAACAAAAGCCAAUUCCAUAAUCGAAAAGGAUAAAGAACUCAUUAGAGCCUUGGGACCAGCUUUAACCCAAGAGAUAAACAUCGAGGAUGCGAAUAACUUGAUUAUAUUCUGCAACAAUACCUCCGAUUGUGGUGUCACUCCUCGCACCCACAGUCAGCAGUACCACACCACUGAUUCCAGUCCAAAGAUACUGCGCACCACUGUCUUGACUUCCAUAAGAUCCACUGUGCAUCCGCGACCCACUAGCACCAGUACGAGUACCACAACCACUGCACCACCGCCAGUGACUGUACCAUCUGGUGAGGUCUAUAUCGGCAUUGUGGAGUCGUCUUCUUCGGUGACGCCUGUGGACAUAAGUUCCACGGUGAUAGCCAACGAAAGGGAUGUGAAUCUGGAGAUGAGGCGCAUGAAUCUGGUCACCCUAGUUCUGGUGGCUGUGGGAGUGGUUCCUCUGGCCGCCAUCAUCCUCUAUCUGGUGCGCAACUAUGUGGUGCGCCGACGCGCCAAACAAGGUGAGGUCUUCGACGUCUGCAUCACGGAUCAGCAGCCCAUCAGCCCAGUGAAGAAGGUGGACUCCAAGUACCAGAUGGAUGAUGACGAGGACGAGGUGGAUCACCCGCACCACCAGCACACGCACUCGCAACACCAUCAGCACCACCAGGCCAUGCCAAUGUCACAGGCCUCGCAGCGAGAUGCCAACCACAAUAGAUAUGGAAUGAACGAUGACAAGACUUCGCUGGCCAGCGAGUUCCAGGAGUUCGAGCGGAGCAAUAUCCGGCUGAAGAGUCUCCUGGGCGAGGGCAACUUUGGCCAGGUGUGGAAGGCGGAGGCAGACGAUCUGAGUGGUCAUUUCGGAGCCACCAGAAUUGUGGCCGUGAAGACAAUCAGAGCCUGCAGUGCCCAGGUGAGCCUCAAGGACGAGGCAAACAUUAUGAGGAAAUUAGGUUCCCAUCAGAAUGUGGUCACCUUACUAGGAGCCUGUGUGGAAAGUGAACCCCACAUGCUAAUCAUGGAGUAUGCCAUGAGGGGACGUCUUCUGUCCCUUCUGAGGGCAGCUAGAAGUGCCACUAACAUAUUGCCAGCCUCAGUGCCAGGUGGUCGAAGUCUGGCUCCUUUGUCGCCGCGAACCUUGGCAGGAUUUGCCCUGGAUAUAGCCUGUGGAAUGGAGUACAUAGCAGGCAGAAGGAUUGUCCAUCGAGAUCUGGCAGCUCGGAAUGUGCUUCUCGAUCACAAUGGCAUGUGCAAGAUCUGCGACUUUGGCAUGUCCAUCGAUCUGGAUGCGGAGCGUAUGCGGAAGGAGCAGGAGAAGAAUGCGGCCAACGAUUUGCUGCGUAACAAUGCGCACAAGUUCAAGUUCGACUUCGGCAGCAGAUACAUCCUGCAGCACUGGCAACACACCUUUGGCCAGGGUCAGGGCCAGGGUAACUGCUCCAAGGAUCAUCCGCACGGCGAGAAGAAGUCGCAUCAUGGUCACGACACCAUCGGCAAGCGACACGCCCUGCCCAUUCGGUGGAUGGCCCCAGAGAGCCUCCAGUACCACAUGUUCACCACCGAAACGGACAUUUGGGCGUUUGGCAUCGUUCUGUGGGAAAUCGCCACUCUGGGCUCCACGCCGUACUCCCAGCUGACGGGACGCGAGGUUAUCCGCCGGGUGCCCCAGGGUCUGAGGCCCGAUUUGCCCAAGGAGAGCCGGCACGAGUUCUACAACCUGAUGUCCCGCUGCUGGCACAAGGAGCCUCACAUGCGACCCUCGUUCGCCCAGUCGAGGCUGGAGAUCACGAGGUCGCUGCACAAGUGGGUGGACGACGACUCGGCGGCCUCCGACUACAUGGACGUGAGCGGGUUCAGCGAGGAUCUCGAGCACGGAGUGGUCUACUUCAACCACCGGAUCUCGGAGUUCGAGUGCGAGAUAUGACGCUGACUGAACCACCCCCCUCCCUGAAUCCUGGCCCACCAGCUAACUGUGCAUCUCAACCACUCCAUCCACAACUCAUCCACCGCCCACACAUCUUUUUGCCUGUCUGUAGCUCUUUCGAAAUUCUCCUCCCUUUUGACGUGCUUGUCGAGCAGUAUUAUUUGUAUUUUAUUGUUAAUUUUCCAUUUCGAACCCCAGAGAGUUUCUUUCAUUGUAUAUAUUUAUUUGUUGACGCAACAAAAUACGAAAAUGCUUAUGAUUUACGAUCUAGACCUUACGAUUAAUGAAUGGCGCUACCUAUGCCUAGUUUAAUGUUCGUCACUUAGUUCUUCUAGUCUGUAUCUGAAAUCCCAUCUUCGAAUUGAGCUAUUUCCCCUGGACGUAGCCAAGAUUUGACUGCACAAAAGGAAACUUUGUAACCCCCAUUCAGUUGUGAAAAAUGAUUCGUUGAUAUAGGCGUGCAGCGCAUAGGAUCUAUGUAAUUGUAUUGAUAUCUAGCUAUAGAAUUGUACAAAUAAAUUAAUUAAACACGAAAUAUAAUUAUGAUUAUUACACCA